GGUAACGAAAGCUCGCGCUCUAGUUUCUAGAAUGUACGAGAACGAAGUGAAGAGACAGAUUGUGGUCGAGGCGGCCGGAGAAUCCUCAGAGUUUAGUGAAGAAACGUCGCUAAAAUGGUCUAUAGUCAGGCUUUGGUGUUUGGUUACGGCUUGUCCGCCGGUUCCGAAGAGGAUAACCUAACCGAGAUGUGGAGAAAAGUGCUGCAGCGCUUCAGAGCCCGUAAACAAACCGUCGGACGCCUCAGAAAAACCAGCAGCUCCAUAAGUCUGGAGUCAGAGUGCAGUAUAGAGGACGAUGACCUGGAAGCGAGUAUCCAGCUGCAGCAGCAGGAGUUGGCUGUGCUGAUUGAGAAGUGUCUUGUAAAGGCGAAAGCUUCCAGUUUGCACUGCAGCGAGCUGCUGGUUCCGACUCGCAUGUGCACGCGUAUAGCUGGAGACAUUCUCCGUGCUUCUGAACAUGAGCCCUGCGGUGUGAGAGGAGCGCUCAUUCACCUGUUCACUGAGACCCAGGCCGGUUUACAAAAAGUGGGCACGGUGACACCAGAACACAGCCUCACACCCACCUUCGAGCUGUCCGUGGUGUUCCAAGUCCAUCCUCAGCGCUGGCCGCCUUUAGAGCACCUGCUCGGGACAGAGAAAGUCCUGCGGCUCCGACCAGAGUAUCGCCUCAUCAAAAGGAAGCUGUACUCGUCCGCUAGCCCUACACUGAUCGAGUUUUGAGUACAGGAGCCGUGUAAAAACGAGGGACUGAGUAUGAUCUGUAUCACUGAGUUCAAGAAAACUGUUACAAACAAUUUUGCACAUUCCACUAAUUUGCUGUUAUUAAGAAUUCCUUGCCUUUCCUACAGAAGAUACAGGACCUCGUUACUGCUGACCUUUAUUUUUGCAACCUUUGCACAUUUCUGUACUGUUUACAGCAUGUAUGAAUGUUAUUUCCAUUAACAGAACUUCUGUUUUAGGUAUGUUUUCAGAUGCACUGUGGGGGUUGGGGGUUUUUUAUAUCUCCCUGGAAAACAUCAUUUCAAACAGACGGGUUUAUCUUUGGUAUUAAAUUUGUUCCUGAUCCUUAGAUAAUUUAUUUUUCCAUAUGUUAAAGGAGCUAAGCUGGAUUUGUCUCCUUUUUUUGUGCAUUUAAACUUUUCCCCUCAGGAUUAAAGAAAAAUAAAAUCUUUGCACUGUGUUCAAAUCUCAAA